UAAAACGGGUUUGUCAUGUCGUGUGACGUUUUGGCAGGGUGUUUGCCUGACAGGUACAUUUGGGUAGAUGUUUUACCUGUCGUAAAUUAGCACAAAAAACUUUAUAAUAAACAAUUGAAUUAGCAUAUAAUAGCUCAUAGUAAUUGUUUAAGUUAAGGAAAGCCUGUGUGAGCUAGUUGUAAAUAGAGGAUUAAAUAUUCAGUUUUUCACAAGUUUCGAGGCGGAAACACCAAAGACACAAGUUGUCGCUCCUGCUUGAGAAAUGCCAGGCUUGGCAGAGAUAUGUAUUGGCAUGCUGUCGCUGCUCCCCCUGGCUUGGGCCAGAGUAGUCUACAGCCACAAUGAAGUGUUCCUGGGACAACAGUCUGCGUCCUCGUACCUGUCUCGCUCGCUGCUCUGGAACAAAUGGGACCUAGAGCUGGUGACGCCAGACAGCCUUGAGAGGGAGUGCAUAGAGGAGGUGUGCACCUACGAGGAGGCCAGGGAGGUGUUUGAGGACACACCCCAAACGAAUGUAUUUUGGAACACAUAUUCCAGCAGUCACAAUACAGCUCCCAGAGUGGAUGUGUCGGGUCUAGUGGCAGGAAUCUUGGCUAUUCUAGUGUCUGCUGUCAUAGCCACGGUGCUGGGCUGCUACUGUUACAAGAACAAAGUUGGUAGGACGGCAGGCAGUGCUCCAGUGAGGAUGGUUGUGGAUGGCCAGCCUGCCCCAGAGACAGUGCCUCUUGCUGGGAUCAUCGCUCCAGGACUGCCCUCCUACGGCGAAGCCCUGACACGCAGUGGGCAGCAUGACGCGCCCCCGCCACCUUACUCUGGGGGGGCGCCAUCAGUACCUCCUGACCCAGCUGACAAUACUGAGAUUACUGCAAAUACUGAGGACACUGAGUGAAAAGGAGGAAGGGACAUUUUAAAAAGGGCCAUUCAUGAAGAGUGUGUGUGUGUGUGUGUGUGUUACAAGCAUCAAUUGGAGUUCUGGACAGUUAUAAGUGAGCACAGCUGUGAACAUUUCAACUCCUGUGAGUUGUUGAAAUAGAAUGUCCAUAUAAUAGGAGAGCAUUUCAUAUUUUUUUUUAUUUUUUUUGGGGGGGGGGGGUUCAUAGGGGGGCAAGGCUGAAGGAUGUUAGAGAAAUUAAGGGAAUGGGAUGAAGACUUGUUAAGAGGUUACCUGUGAGAAAGAGAAGCAGUCCCUUGAUUGCGAAAUGCAUCAUCUGGGGAUGAUUCCUGUAUUUUGAAAGUUACAUAUCUUGACAACUUGAUUGAUGACAAGCAAAACAUUUUGGGACUAUUUCAACAAUGGGCUAAUGGAAUUUCCUUUGAUAUGUAUAAACUAGCAGAUGGUAUAGAAUUUAGGUCAACAUGUUGGCUAAUGUUUGUUUUAUCUCGGUUGUUUCUAUCUGUAUUGGUACAUGACAGACCGCUCUGAAAUUAAGUUUGUAUUUAUACACAUUUCUUAUUCAAAACAUGUGAAUAAAAUGUUUUGCACUUAGCCCACUGGUCAAUCAGACAGUCAUCUAGAUUCCAUAGAGUUGCACGUUUCUUCCCCCCCCCCCCUCUGCUCAGGGUCUGUUUAUUUCUCCCGAUUCAGAAAUGAGUAAUCCAAAAUGUUACGGUACUGAUUACUUUAUUUUUUAUUUAACCUUAAUCAGUAACGGUUACAUUUUUCAAGUAAUCCGCACAACCCUGCAUAUAUCGGCACUCUUUAAUCGAAAUGUAUCUUGCAUUGCUCCCAAAUAUACCCUUUUGGCCUCUGCUACACUGUA